AUCGCACAAGUCUACCGUAUCGGAUGGCACUAGGGUACUUGACGUUCGCCUUCUGUGUUACAUACCUACAAACAUGUUUGGUACUAGCAGACCUCUACAACGUGGCACUCUACAAACCAUCGUAUCAAAGUUCCGACUUUCUCGACAGAAACAACCUAUCUUUCUGGGCUGCCCUGGCUAACGACGGCAACCUGGAUUAUAACCUGGAUAACAGACACUGUCAGCACACGUUGGAGGAUCAGCCUGGAUGGUGGAUGGUGGAUCUCAGGGGCGUGUAUACGGUGGAGCAGAUUAUAAUUACCAACAGAGGUGACGAUAGCUCCUACCUAAGGACACAAAAUUACCAGAUCGAUGUUUUCCAAACUGACCCCCGGCUCUCAAGCAACUUUCAGGCUGCUGGGGUGGUGUGUUACAUCAGGGUGGAGCCCCUGGGGCAGGGGGAGACGUACACACGGAACUGUACCACACCAGCUGUGGGGAGAUUCGUCAGAUUCAUCAGAUACACCAAGGACUACAUGAAUGUGUGCGAGAUUCAGGUCAUGUCCAGUCAAGCAACGAUCCAAGAAAAUUAUUUUUCUGUCAGAAAAAAUUACCUCCUGCCUCAGACACCUUACUACACGACUCACGCCGGCUGCUCCUACACGUGCAUCACACAGUGCCUACAGCGUCGGGACAACGAGACAUGCACCGCCCUCAACUGGAUUCGAACCUCAAACGAAUGCCAGAUGUUUAAACUAGAUCCACGCUUUAUGCCAAUGCUACAAUCGGACUUGACUUCGGAUUUUUACAUGGAGAAAUAG